AUGAAAAGCGAUCGAACCAUAAACUACUCCAGGCUAUUUUCACAGCUAAUUGGGAGAGAUGGUCAGAUGGACGACACGAUAGCAUCGUUCCUCUACUACCUUUUCCCCAGAGAGCUCUUCGUGAGGGCGCUAUCGUUGAUUGAAUCAUGCGACAUGUUUAUCUACCUCCUCGAUACCAAUCAGUGCGAGAAGAACCGCGGCCAUACCAGCUCAGUCAGCACAGAGGCUGACAGCCCGUCUAAACCGAGCUCCGAGGGCAAUUUCGACCCAGCAGACGCCGCCAUUGGGCAAAGGUCCAACGCGACGAACAAGAAAGAGACAGACCCGCUUGUCAGUAUGGCAUAUGAGAGCGGGCCGGAUUAUCUGCAUCGACUGAUUGUCAAAUCCGACACGGACGGAAAGGCGCCCAUCUUUGUGGAUUUGCAGAAUUGGUUCUGCUCGUGCGAUGAGUACACCGACCUAUUUGCCAAGGAAACGGCAGCGCAGCCAGACGACUACGUCUCGCGCCUCGUGAGGGACGUCGACGACGUCCAGGACUUCUCAGACGACAGGUUUGCCCAACUGGACGCCCACAGUCUGUGCAAACAGCGAUAUUUUCGCCAUGACAAGGUGAUGUGCGCGCAUCUUCUGGCUUACUCAAUCCUUCUGAGAUCUUCCAAGAACGUCCUGAGAUACUUCACCACCGUGAAACCACAGGUGCCCAUGAUCUCGGUCUCCAACAUGGACGAAUGGCUCAAAUUACACAUCAAUCUGGUCUAG